AAGAAACCCGCAUGUUCAGCGCGUCGCACGAUAUGCCUCGCCCCGAGAUCUGCAAACCACACAUUCACAAAAACAGAACACUUGAGCCGCUUCUUGAUCCACCUCCAUUUUUAACAAACGACUCCAAGAACCCACACCCACACCACCGGCAUUCGUAGAUAUGCUUUCAACGAACCCCCAUGCGUUCGAAGUAACGGUCUCAGCACCCGUAAACAUCGCCGUCGUAAAGUACUGGGGAAAGCGAGACACAUCCCUCCUACUUCCCACCAACUCUUCGCUGUCUCUUACGCUUUCUCAAGAUGACCUCCGCUCGACGACAACAGUACGAGCCGACCCGUCGUUCGAAAGAGAUCGUUUAUGGUUGAACGGGAAAGAAGAGGAUGUAACAAAGAAUAAGCGUAUGGUGAAUGUUGUACGAGAGCUACGCGCCUUGAGACAGCGGAUGGAACAAGACGAUGCGUCAUUAGAAAAACUCUCUGCCCAAAAACUUCACGUGUGUUCCCAAAACAACUUUCCAACGGCCGCAGGACUAGCUUCCAGCGCAAGCGGUUUCGCAGCUCUGACAUUCGGUAUCGCCCACGCAAUAGGCGUAGCCGACAAGGUAUCCAGAUCCGACCUAUCCCGUCUCGCACGACUCGGAUCCGGAUCUGCCUGCAGGAGUUUAUUUGGCGGGUUCGUCGCCUGGGAAAUGGGUUCAAGACCAGAUGGUGUCGACUCUGUCGCCGUCCAAGUAGCCGAUGAAUCCCAUUGGCCAGAUAUGGAAGCCCUCGUUCUCGUAGCAUCAGACGCCCGAAAGGACACUCCAUCGACAGCAGGAAUGCAAUUAACCGUGGAGACCUCUGAACUACUCCAAGAGCGCAUCCGUCAAGUGCCACAACGCAUGCAAGAUAUGAAACAAGCAAUCGCCAACAAAGAUUACGAUGCAUUCGCUGAGCUGACCAUGAUGGAUUCGAAUCAAUUCCAUGCAGUUUGUUUGGACACUUUUCCCCCAAUUACGUACCUCAACGACGUCUCUCGAGCUGUCAUCCACCUCAUUACAGCCUACAACGCAUUGUUCACUGGCGACGGAAGGAGUGGUCGUGGAAAGAAGGGGUAUCGCGCGGCAUAUACAUUUGACGCAGGACCAAAUGCUGUCUUGUACAUUUUGAAGGAGCAUGUUCCAGAGGUAUUGGCCCUUGUCAACAGAUUCUUUCCUCCACCAGAGGGGGAAGGUGAGAGGAAAGAGUACUUUGGACGGGCUGCAAAUUUUAUGGGAUCCGAGAACGUCAAAGCUGUCGAUGACAUGGUUUCCAGAAUUGGUAUGAAACCGCUUGAAAGGGGGAGCUUGAGGAGAAUCAUAAGCACAAGUGUUGGUGAUGGGCCAAGGAUAUUAGCUAGAGGAUGGAACGCCCAUGUUUCGCUUCUUGGCGAAGAUGGACUUCCCAAGACAGAGAUUGCAUAGAACACCACAACGCAACCUAGAAAUAUGAUUUAACGCUAGUUAUUUCCACUUAAUUCUGGCUGGUCGAGGUAGAAAGACAAACAAAAAGUAUAUAUAUAGUGAACGCUAGUGACAGCAAUUACAAAGAGAAAAGGGUCCACAGAAUCUGGACUAUCAACAGAUCACUACGGC